UCUCCCACCGCCACCUUUCCCGGGCUCCCUCCCGCCGCCCCCCCCCCAUCCCUGCCCCCCACCCCCUCCCCCCUCAAGCCCGCCCUCGGCCUUCGCCUACCAAAGUGGAUUAAUUAUACGCUUUCUGUUUCUCUCCGUGCUGUUCUCUCCCGCUGCGAGCCUGCCCGCCUCUCGCUGUCCUCUCUGCCUCUCGCCCUCUCUCUGGCCCCCCCCUUUCACGUUCACUCUGUCUCUCCGACUAUCUCUGCCCCCCUCUAUCCUUGGUACAACAGCUGACCUCAUUUCCCGAUACCCUUUCCCCCCCGAAAGUACAACAUCUGGCCCGCCCCAGCCCGAAGACAGCCCGUCCUCCCUAAAGAAGCAGAAGAGUCCCCCCCCCAAAAAAAAGCCAUCCCCCCGUUCUGCCCCGUCGCACAUUCGGCCCCAGCGACUCGGCCAGAGCGGCGCUGGCAGAGGAGUGUCCGGCAGGAGGGCCUUCGCCCGCUGUUCGGCUUGCGCUAAAGCAGCAGGAAGGUGGGCGGCAGCUUCGCGGCUUCCAGAUACCAAUGGGGAUCCCAAUGGGGAAGUCGAUGCUGGUGCUUCUCACCUUCUUGGCCUUCGCCUCGUGCUGCAUUGCUGCUUACCGCCCCAGUGAGACCCUGUGUGGCGGGGAGCUGGUGGAUACCCUCCAGUUUGUCUGUGGGGACCGCGGCUUUUACUUCAGCAGGCCCGCAAGCCGUGUGAACCGCCGCAGCCGUGGCAUCGUCGAGGAGUGCUGCUUUCGCAGCUGUGACCUGGCCCUCCUGGAGACCUACUGUGCCACCCCCGCCAAGUCCGAGAGGGACGUGUCUACCUCUACGACCGUGCUUCCGGACAACUUCCCCAGAUACCCCGUGGGCAAGUUUUUCCAAUAUGACACCUGGAGACAGUCCGCCCAACGCCUGCGCAGAGGCCUGCCUGCCCUCCUGCGUGCCCGCCGGGGUCGCAUGCUAGCCAAGGAGCUUGAAGCGUUCAGAGAGGCCAAGCGUCACCGUCCCUUGAUCGCCAUGUCCUCCAAAGAUCCGGCCCACGGGGGUGCCUCUUCGGAGAUGUCCAGCAAUCAGAAGUGAGCCAAAUUGUUGUGAUUCUGCAGUGCGUACCAUCAGCUCUGUGACCUCCUCUUGACCAGGACAUUUCCAUCACGUCCCACCACUCAGAUCUCUCUGUUCCAUUUCUGCCCUAGGGUUUCUCCCACCCAGCCCCCAUGCCCCGCCUCCCCACAUCAGGCGACUCCUCAGCCCCCCUCCACCGGGCUGAGGGAAUGACACCACCUUCAAAAAACAAAACCAAUUGGCUUUAAACAUCUUCCACAGAGACCCUUCCCCCAGAUUAUACAUCCACAACUA